CCCAACAUGGGAGAUUCAAGGUAUUCCUGUCUGUGGCGGAGUUGAAGUCACCGCUCGCUCAACUGGUUGCUUGCUCGAGCGCAGUCAGUACGUUUCGCGCUUCGACCUGCUUCGUGUGUGCUGCGUGGUGAUCGCUGUUAUAGCUUGGAAUGAAAGAAUGAAAAUUGGCAUAGUUAAGUGGAUUGGAUAACCAAGCGUGAAGUUGUGAUUGGAAGUGUUUUUUUCUUCUAUCCAAUCGUUAAUUAGUGUCGGGGAAGAAUUGGUUUUUGUUUACCCUGUCACUAGAAUAGUUUCAAGGAAGUUAUCGAGCGAAUAACUCGUCUGUUCAGCUAGUUUCGGACUCGAUCGACAUCAACCUUCAGCUCGGUGGCAUAUCGGCUAUCGAACCUUUGGUGGAUUACGUAACUUUUCGCAAAAAACGGCCUGAGAAUUCCUCAAUGAAACCAACAUGGAAUUACGGUCGAUAGCUUUAGUAUUUUUUCAUUUAACGACAAUAGCCACUUUCACGCGCUGCGCUCAAAUUCCUUCCAUAAAACGAUCUGCCACGAUAUUUACCAAAGAACCCACGGUGCGGAUACAAUGUCUAUCGGGUUCUAUGCUGAUCACGAUCAAGGAUGCACCCGCUAACCUCAACGGUCAGUUCAGCGGGAUGGUGUAUCCGAAAGGAUUGGCGAAAAACUCUACCUGCCUCACCGAGUACCGGGACCAGGAGGGCGCCCUGCGGUACAAACUUCCCCUUAAAAGUUGCAACACGAUGCCCAUCGAAACGGACGAUGGAGGAAUCGAGUUCUUCAACACGAUCGUUCUACAGCCGCAUCUGAAGUUGGUAACCGACUUGGGCCGAGGUUACCAUGUGCGCUGCCGUUACAAAAGCCGUGAGGCGGCUAUGAAACCAACGAAAAAAUCGUACGACGACAAUCGACCCUUGGCAUUGACCAGCGCCGAAGGUGGAACCGAUCGGCGGGAUUAUGGUCGCUCGCUGGAUAGAGAUCAUACGGCACCGGAGGAGGACGUCGAGGUUAAGCCAAUGCCUGGAUGCCACAUGAAGAUUUUCACCGGCGAAAAAUUGGCAGAGAACGUUAAGAUCGGAGACCCGCUGACUCUGGUCAUCAACAUCGAUAGGCAGGAGCUGUACGGGUUGCACGUCACCGACUGUUUAGUACGCGACGGACUGGGAUGGGGCGAGCAAAAGUUGGUCAACGAGGAAGGCUGCCCGUUGGACAAUGAAAUUCUUGGCCCGUUCGAGUACACCGACGAUCGGAGUAAGGCAACGGUUACCUUCCCAGCGCACAAGUUUCCCUACACCACUUCGGUGUAUUACCAGUGCAACGUGAGGUUGUGUGCGCUCGAUGAUCCAAAUUGCCACAAGCCUCCAUCGUGUGCAGGCAGAAGUAAGGCGCGGCAAAAGCGAGAAACCGACGACGAAGGACUUCCGGCGACCAUCGAAGUUUUCUCCGGACUGUAUGUUAACGAAAACGCCGAAGUAAUCAGCGACGAUGCAGAUUCGGUUUUCAGGGAGAAGACUCCUGAUGACGCCAUCUGCGUGUCCCAGCGAAGUUUUGCUGUUGCCAUAGCCAUUGCCGGUCUCUGCCUGAUGUUGGCCGUCGUCCUCGCGGUGAUGUGCAUCGUUGCUAGGAGGAGUAACAAGACCGUUUCCAAUUCGGGAAGUUCGAUCUACAGCGGACCCUACACCAACACUGCCUUCUCGCAUAGCAGCUAAACGAAAGUUCUUGUUGUGUGAGUGUGUUCAUGGGUGGGCAACGGUGUGUUUGUGUGUUCGUGAAAUGAUGUGUUCAUGAAAGUGAAAAUACGAGUACCAGAGAGCGUGACUUCUGUGAUUCUUUCUUCUUAAUCACUAACAACAACGAUCGAUAACUGUAAUGAGAAAAAAGAUCGCACAUUUCAUAGGGUAACGUGCCAACUAGUGGAAAUAGGUACUUUUUAAACUAGCACCUCAUUUUAUUUGGUAUUAAACCAACUGCGAGACAUCUACGAGAGUAUUAUAUAUCCCAAGUUUGCAGUGAAACGGUAACUAGUGUUUCCGAAAGCUUAGGUAUUCCAUUUUGUCUUUAGAUAUCAUCGGACAAUAUCUUAUUUUUUGUUCCUUACCAAUUGUCCGCUAAUAUCGCAGAGGUAAUGUUCGAGAUCAACCUGAUUUGCUCAAAACCAUAAUCUGGAGAAAUUUAUUUUUGUCGACUAGAUUCUUCCAUUCUAUGAAAUUUUGGCCGAACGGAACCUCUGUCUGUUAAGUAUAGAACUAUUUUCCAAUUAAAGCUGUCUAGCUAUUUAUCGUGCUGAAUCUAAUCAAUUGUUACUUUUGCACAAGCACUGUCAGAAACUAAGUCAGGUGAAGGGAUUCUUACCGUUAGUCUAUUCAGGUCUCCAGUUAACUAUUCUCUGUCCACUAGCUUGACUCUCUAGCUAUGUCAAUGUCUUUAUUUUAACUAUAAUUUAAGCAACGAACUAGGAUAUUACAAAGUAAAUGAUCGUUUGUAGGAUAGCAACUGUGAUACGAUUCAACAUUUAGAGCUUCGUAAAAUGGAAACUUUAAACAGUGUCAAUAUCAUAGUGACACGAUUCUAUUUCAUUGAAUGUUUUUUUUGAUAGUUUAGAUAAAUGUUUACUUGUAUCUCAGUUCUAUGAAAGGGUCAGCUCAUACAAACAAGGUAUUUAUGACCAUAAGUUGAUUGGAACAUUUACAACGAGAAAUUGUGUUUUGUUUUUACCGCAAUCGGCGAUUGGUUGUAUAUCUGGAAUUGUAUCUACGAACUGAACUAUGAGAAAACGAACGAAUUUAAUAAAUAUAUUGAUAUUGUC